AACAUCAGCUAAAAUUAGAAGAUCUUUUACAAAAAUAUAAAACAAAAGGAGUAAUCAAAAAUUAUUGCACUAAUAGGUAUGUAUUUGAAGAUUUUGAAUGGAUUCAAAGUAAAUUCUGUACGUUAUAUGAUUAAAGGAAGAUUAGGGAAUUUUAAAAUAAUUGAUAGAAAAUCGCAAUUUAAUUACGGAAAAUUAGAAAAUUUAUUUAGAAUAUUAGUUUGUAAAAUAACUAAAGUUUUAUCUAAUUAUGAAAGAUCGGUAUUUAAAUUAAUAUUUUUGUCAAAAUUGUCGCUGGGAUGAGGCGCAGUAUUCACGAUCGUUUUUUUAUUAGCAGUAGGAAUUUUAAUGUCUAUUGUCUAAUAAGUAGGUGAAAGUUAUCUAAAUUAGAAAAUCUAUGAUUUAU